GGAUGAGAGCACAGCAGACAGGCCAGACACAUAUGCACACACAUACCCCACUCCUGGUUAAGGCCAACCCUGUGUCCCGUCCCCCAUGCCGCUGCUGUUGCACAACAGGACGAGCCACCCUACCAACAACAAGCCUCACACUCACCCCUCCCCCAAGCGCCUCAUAGUUUUGUGGGUUGCAGGGCAUCUGGGUGAGGAAAUGGGAGUGCGAGAGUGGUAAAGCUACUGUCGAGAAGAUGCCGGAAAAGCCUCAGGCUGCGACUGUAGAGUGGUCACCAGACUGGUGCAUUGGAGGUUGUACAAGUCCAGAGUCCUGGGGAGUGAGCGAGGUAGUGAGGGGUUGGGAUUUAGCUUAGUCUUCGACGAGCACACAAGCUUACCUGAAUCUCUUCUCUUGUCGACAAAUUGUAAAGCGUGAUUCAUUUUGAGGGGGUGUUAGAUUGCUCGACUACAUAACGGAUAUUCCCAGGUGCGGGGCCAUACGUAUUGGCAACUGGAGUUUCGAGGAGUGUAACUAAAAAAUUGAUUGAGAUUAGUUGAGGAGAAGGAGCAGGAGGCGGAGGGCGAGUAGAAUUAGUAGUGUUAGUAGUAUGCAAGAUGUCGACCACCAAGUUGGCAUACUCGUCAGGGAGUUCUGUGAAGUCGAAGCAUAGUGUACGGGUUGCGCAAACUACAGCAGAUGCCAAGCUGCAGGCAGUGUAUGAAGAAUCCGGAGAUUCGGGAGACUCAUUUGAUUAUUCCAAAUCAGUUCAUGCGUCCAAAUCCACUGGCGAGAAUGUCCCUGCCCUAGCAGUCACCGCGUACCUUCAGCGCAUGCAAAGAGGGGGUUUGGUGCAGACAUUCGGGUGUAUGCUAUGUGUGGACGAGAGUAGUUUUAGGGUUAUUGCUUACAGCGAGAAUGCGCCAGAGAUGCUUGACCUGAUGCCACAAGCGGUGCCCAGUGUGGGUCAGCAGGAAGUUCUGGGCAUUGGAACCGAUGCAAGAACUUUGUUCACCCCUUCCAGUGCGGCCGCCCUGGAGAAAUGUGCCGGAGCGGUGGAUGUGACCAUGCUGAACCCUAUCUCAGUGCACUGUCGAAGCUCGGGGAAGCCGUUCUAUGCGAUUCUGCACCGUAUUGACGUAGGACUGGUAAUUGAUUUUGAACCAGUGCGCCCGAAUGAUGCCGUUGUGUCCUCCGCAGGGGCUUUGCAGUCGCAUAAGUUGGCUGCAAAAGCGAUAUCUCGGCUGCAGGCACUUCCUGGCGGAGACAUUGGCCUCCUUUGUGAUACAGUUGUAGAAGAGGUACGCCAGCUUUCCGGUUACGAUCGUGUCAUGGCAUACAAAUUCCACGAAGACGAACAUGGUGAGGUCUUGGCGGAGAUUCGAAGAUCAGAUUUAGAACCUUACUUAGGUCUACAUUACCCAGCAACAGAUAUCCCACAGGCGUCAAGAUUCCUGUUUAUGAAGAACAGGGUGCGAAUGAUAGGUGAUUGCUAUGCUCCUCCUGUUAAAGUGGUUCAGGACAAGGAUUUGAGGCAGCCUAUUAGUCUGGCCGGGUCUACUUUACGGGCCCCUCAUGGCUGCCAUGCGCAAUACAUGGGCAACAUGAACUCCAUCGCUUCGUUGGUGAUGGCAGUUAUCGUGAAUGAUCCGGAUGAGGAUCCUAAUUCACGUGGGGGCCAGCAGAGAGGGCGCAAGCUCUGGGGAUUGGUGGUUUGUCACCACACGUCUCCGAGGACCGUCUCCUUUCCUUUGAGAUCGGCCUGUGAGUUCCUGAUGCAGGUGUUCGGUCUGCAGCUGAACAUGGAAGUUGAACUUGCAGCUCAGCUAAGAGAAAAACAUAUUUUGAGAACACAAACCCUUCUCUGUGACAUGUUAUUGCGGGAUGCACCCAUCGGAAUUGUUUCUCAGUCACCCAAUAUCAUGGACUUGGUUAAAUGCGACGGUGCAGCACUUUACUAUGGGAAAAGGUUUUGGCUUUUGGGAAUCACACCUAACGAGGUCCAGAUUAAGGAAAUCGCGGACUGGCUCCUAGAACAUCAUCAAGAUUCGACCGGUUUGAGUACAGACAGCCUGGCCGAUGCUGGUUACCCUGGCGCAGCGCAACUUGGUGAUGCUGUGUGUGGAAUGGCUGCGGCAAAGAUCACUCCAAGGGACUUUCUUUUCUGGUUCAGGUCACACACCGCCAAGGAGAUUAAGUGGGGUGGUGCCAAGCACGAUCCUGAUGAAAAGGAUGAUGGGAGGAAAAUGCAUCCCCGCUCCUCGUUCAAGGCCUUUCUAGAAGUUGUGAAGAGAAGAAGUUUGCCAUGGGAGGACAUAGAAAUGGACGCAAUUCAUUCUCUUCAACUCAUUUUGAGAGGUUCAUUCCAGGAUAUAGACGACAGUGAUACCAAAACUAUGAUACACGCCCGACUCAACGACUUAAAGCUCCAGGGCAUGGAUGAACUCAGUACAGUUGCUAAUGAAAUGGUUAGAUUGAUAGAGACAGCGACUGCACCAAUUCUCGCUGUCGAUUCGAGUGGAUUCAUCAAUGGUUGGAAUGCCAAAGUAGCUGAACUGACUGGACUUCCAGUUGGAGAAGCCAUGGGUCGGUCGCUGGUUAAAGAUUUAAUUUUAGAGGAAUCAAUUGAUGUUGUUCAGCGACUUCUCUACCUUGCAUUACAAGGUGAAGAAGAACAAAAUAUUGAGAUUCAGUUGAAGACCUUUGGGCCACAAAAAGAGAAGGGCGCAGUGAUUUUGAUAGUGAAUGCGUGCUCCAGCAGGGAUGUACAAGACAAUGUCGUUGGAGUUUGUUUUGUGGGGCAAGAUGUGACAGGUCAAAAACAAGUUUUGGAUAAAUUUACUCGGAUACAAGGCGACUACAAAGCAAUAGUUCAGAACCCAAACCCUUUGAUUCCUCCUAUAUUUGGCACUGAUGAAUAUGGAUAUUGCUCUGAGUGGAAUCCUUCAAUGGAGAAGCUGACUGGAUGGAAGAGAGAAGAGGUGCUUGGGAAACUGCUAGUGGGUGAAAUUUUUGGAAUGCAACUUAUGUGUUGCCGACUGAAAGGUCAAGAUGCAAUGACGAAAUUUAUGAUUGCAUUAAAUAGUGCAAUGGAUGGUCAAGAUACAGAUCGGUUUCCCUUUUCCUUCUUUGAUCGACAAGGGAAAUACGUAGAUGCCCUACUCACAGUCAAUAAAAGAACGGAUGCAGAGGGAAGCAUCACUGGCGUAUUCUGCUUUUUGCACACAACCAGUGUGGAAUUAUUGCAAGCAUUGACUGUCCAACGUGCGACGGAGAAAGUAGCCUUCGCAAAACUCAAGGAGUUGGCUUACAUUCGACAGGAGAUCAAGAAUCCUUUGUAUGGGAUUAUGUUUACACGUAAUUUAAUGGAAGAUACGGACUUAUCUGAGGACCAAAGGCAGUUUGUGGAGACUAGUGCUGUGUGUGAACGUCAAUUGCGCAAAGUAUUGGAUGAUAUGGAUCUUGAGAGUAUUGAGGACGGGUACUUAGAGCUGGAUACAAAUGAAUUUGUGAUGGGAACAGUGAUGGAUGCCGUUGUAAGUCAAGGAAUGAUCACAUCAAGAGAAAAAGGUCUGCAAUUGAUACGGGAGACUCCCAGGGAGAUAAAGAACAUGUGUUUAUUUGGGGACCAAGUCCGUUUACAACAAGUGCUCGCGGACUUUUUGUUGAAUGCAGUGAGAUUCACCCCAUCCUCUGAAGGCUGGGUCGGGAUCAAGGUGGUCCCAACGAAGAAGCGCCUGGGUGGAGGCAUUCAUGUCAUGCAUCUGGAAUUCAGGGUUACACAUUCAGGAAUGGGACUUCCUGAGGAGCUUGUGCAUGAGAUGUUUGAUCGAGGACGAGGCAUGACUCAAGAAGGCCUGGGGCUGAGUAUGUGUCGUAAACUUGUAAAGCUAAUGAAUGGUAAUGUUCAAUAUAUUAGAGAAACAGGUAAGAGCUACUUUUUAGUUGAAGUGGAGCUUCCUUUGGCACAACGAGAUGAUGCAGGCAGUGUGAGAUAGAGCUUUAUGAUAGUGGGCAAUGAGCCCCUUUGCCAAUGAAAUGCGUCUCUUGCAAGAUUUUAUCCUGUCCACACCAGAUUUCUGAGCUGCAGUACAGAGAGCUAUGCUAGUAACCCUUGUUUGUAGGAGCAGGAAGAGAAUGAACUGCUGUCUUGGUUCAUGAGAGCAACAAACUAUAAGUAUUUUCUUAUUUUCGAAUACCACUUUCCACAUUUUGGUAUGCUUUAGGCGUCAACAUACAGACUUGAUAACAUGAGAGUCUUAGUUUGGUGACUAAUUGCUCCAUUACUUUCUUCUAUUGCUGGUUUAAAGUUCAAUCUUGCGACUUGUGACUUGUUA